UUCUACAACACUCUCAAACACACUCUCAGCAAACCAACCGCGCUUCCACCAUAAGCUUCUAGCGCCUGAAAUCCUUCCCAACCAACCACCACCACCAAAAUGUCUCUCUUCAGAACCUUCCCCGCUGCCGGUGAAUUCGCCCCUCUCUUCCGCCUGCUGGACGACUAUGAUCUCCACCGUUCCAGCCAAGGCACUCCCGCUUCGGCGCGCGCCUUUGCGCCUCGCUUCGACGUCCGCGAGACCUCCGAUGGCUACCACCUUGACGGCGAACUUCCCGGCAUCAACCAGAAUGAUGUCGACAUUGAGUUCUCCGACCCUCAGACUCUGGUGAUUAGGGGUCGCAUCGAGCGCGAAUACCACUCCGACAACGACGAGGCCCAGAAGGACCCCAACACCACCGCGGAGAACACCACCCCGGGUGAAAGCAGCGCCGUCAUUCAGCCCAGCGACAAGCAGGUCUCCAAGCACAAGUCCAAGGCCAAGUACCACUACUGGCACAGCGAGCGCUCCGUCGGCGAAUUCCACCGCACCUUCUCCUUCCCUAGCCGCGUCAGCCAGGACGAUGUCAAGGCUUCCUUGAAGAAUGGUGUCUUGUCUAUCUUCGUCCCGAAGGCGGCUGCUCCUGUUGCCAAGAAGAUUACCAUUGAGUAAAUGGACCGAUGCUGCGAUUAUGACUGAUGAUGGAUAUGGGAGUUGCUGCUAGCGAAUUGCUUUGAUCUUUCCUUGCUUGCUUUGCUUUGCUUUCCUUUGCUUUUGAACAAGAAUGCCUGGGGAUGGUUGUCUAAUGGAGGUGCGCUCACAGUUGCUUGCUGGCUUGUCGCUCCUUUUACCAUUGUAAUCUAUUAAUACUCGCUAAUUAAUUCAACGUGAUCGCUCUAUACUCG